AUGAAGGAGAGCAAUGUGGUUCACAUCGCGGCCCCCGUUACGGUAGUAGGAGACAUUCACGGGCAAUUUUUCGACAUGAUUGAGAUUUUUAAGAUUGGCGGAUUCUGCCCAAAUACGAACUACCUGUUCCUUGGCGACUACGUUGACCGCGGCCUCUUCAGCGUCGAGACCAUCUCUCUACUCGUCUGCCUCAAACUUCGUUACCCGUCGCGCGUGCACCUUAUCCGUGGGAACCACGAGUCACGCGGCGUCACCCAAUCUUACGGUUUCUACACCGAGUGCGCCCGCAAGUACGGUAAUGCCAACGUCUGGCACUACUUUACCGACAUGUUCGACUUCCUCACCCUCGCUGUCGUCAUUAAUGACCAGAUCUUUUGCGUCCACGGGGGCCUUUCCCCCUCCAUUCACUCAAUAGACCAGAUCAAAAUCAUCGACCGCUUCCGCGAGAUCCCGCACGAGGGACCCAUGGCUGACCUUGUUUGGUCGGACCCCGAUACGGAGCGCGACGAGUUUUCCCUCUCGCCGCGCGGUGCGGGAUAUACCUUUGGAGCGCAGGUCGUUCGGAAAUUCCUCGAGGUUAAUAGUAUGUCUCAUAUCCUGCGCGCUCAUCAAUUGUGCCAGGAGGGGUACCAGGUUCUUUAUGAUGAUCGGUUGAGUACGGUUUGGAGCGCGCCGAAUUACUGCUACCGGUGUGGAAACCUUGCGAGUGUGCUCGAAGUUAGUGAUACUGGAGAGAGGUUUUUCAAUAUCUUUGAUGCAGCACCUGAGAAUGAUAUCCAUCGGGGUGAGCAGCAGACGCAGCAGAGCAAGGAUGGCCAGGGUCCUGUGAUCGACUACUUUCUGUGAUACCCUUUUUCAUUCGUAUUUCGCCGCUUUAUGUUUCCUUUGACUGUCAUCUUAUUUCAUUUGAGCGCCACUUUUGGAGUUGAUAAAUUCAUUUCA